AUGCGUGAGAUAAUCUACAUACAAAUCGGCCAGUGUGGUAACCAGAUGGGAGCAAAGUUUUGGGAGGUCAUUUCCGACGAACAUGGAUUGGGAGCAGAUGGAAUUUAUCGCGGGGAAUCUGACCUACAAAUGGAACGAAUUUACGUGUACUUCACUGAGGCGGCAGCCGGACGUUUUGUACCUCGAUGCGUGCUUGCAGACCUGGAGCCUGGAUGUCUCGACAACAUCCGAGCCGGACCUUGUGGACAGCUGUUUAAACCAGAAAAUUUCGUAGUGGGUUCUGCUGGAGCGGGAAAUAAUUGGGCCAAAGGUCACUACACAGACGGUGCAGAAAUGAUCGAGCCCAUAAUGGAACAGAUUCGACGUGAAUGUGAAAUGUGCGAAUGCAUCCAGGGCUUUCAGUUGAUCCAUUCAAUGGGUGGUGGGACUGGAGCUGGUCUUGGCACAUUGCUAAUGGGUAAGAUCCGCGAAGAAUAUCCGGAUCGUAUCAUGUGCACUUUCUCCGCCUAUCCUUCACCCAAGGUUUCCGAUGUGGUUGUCGAACCGUACAAUGCUACCCUAGCGGCAAAUUUGCUGAUUGAUUUGGCCGAUGAAACAUUUGUGAUAGAUAACGAAGCACUCUACGAUAUUUGUUAUCGGACCCUAAAACUAGUCAAUCCAACAUAUGGGGACUUGAACCACCUGGUCAGUGCAACCAUGUCUGGUGUGACCACCUGCCUACGCUUUCCUGGUCAGCUCAACGCCGAUUUGCGGAAACUGGGCACUAAUCUAAUCCCUUUUCCCAGACUCCAUUUCUUCGUGCCCGGUUUCGCACCACUGACAUCGAGAUACUCCCAAGCUUAUCGAUCAUACACUGUACAUGAUCUGACAAACCAGAUGUUCGAUGCCAAAAAUCUUAUGGCUGCGUGCGACCCACGACAUGGCAAGUAUCUUACAGUGGCAGCAAUGUUUCGCGGUCGAUUGUCGGUUAAAGAAGUGGAUGAAGAAAUGCUGAACGUUCAAAACAAAAACUCUGCCAAUUUUGUCGAAUGGAUACCAAGCAAUAUUAAGACGGCAGUUUGCGAUAUUCCACCACGAGGGAUGAAGAUGGCCGUCACAUUUAUUGGAAACAGUACGGCAAUGCAGGACAUAUUUCGUCGAAUCGGUGAACAAUAUACAGCUAUGUUCCGACGCAAAGCCUUUGUGCACUGGUACACAGCCGAAGGAAUGGAUGAAAGCGAGUUUUUUGAAGCUGAAACGAACGUCAACGACCUGAUCAACGAAUAUCAACAAUUUCAGGAUAGUGCUGAAGUUCAAUAAUCCAUUCGAUUUCCCCAGGUAAUAACCUGUUGAUAUUUGGUAUCACUUAGCGUUGCAGCAAAGCCUGGGAACCAAUCAGUUGACAUUUCUUUCAUUUUUAUGGAACUCACAGCUUUCCACUCAAAAAGUCUG